GGCCACGCAGUGGAGUGUCACGUGCUCAGCGCUGCUCGGAGUCCGGACGCAGGGACUCGGCUGCGGGGGUAACGAGCACGAGCACGCGCGCGCACGCGCUGGGGUUGAGGAGGAGAGGAGAGGAGGAGAGAGGAGGAGAGGAGCGGAGCGGAGCGGGAUUCUGCGCUGAGGUGUAAAGGGAGUCGGAGCUGCGGAACGGGGCUCGCGCGCGCUGCAGCGGACUGGCUUUCCGUGUCCGGUUUGUGCACGCGGUACUUCAGUGUGCGGGAGAGUCUCGCGCUCGCGCUCCCUGUGGGAUAGAUGAGUUCUCGCGCUGACGGGGCUUGUUUUCAUCGUGAUCACCGAACUCCGGACUGAAGGCAGACUUUUCUGCUGCUGCUGCUGCUGCUGCUGCUUCUUCACCAUCAUCACCUUCUUGUUGUUGCUCUUCUUGCAAACAAUUCUCCAGUACUUUCACACUGGUCUCAAGUUAAUGAUGGGUUCCAGAAACUUAUCUGAGAUGAAAAACACACCGUUUUUUGAUCAAGAAUGGACCUUAGUGAAAAAACGAGUGCUUGUUUUGGCAUGGGCUGCUCAGCUAGCUUAGCCGUCUGAAGAAGAAGAAGAACAACAACAACAACAAACAAACAAACAAACAAAUCAAUAACUUUGCUGAAGGAGCAAGCAGCACGAGUGCUUUUUUUGUGCUCGAUGGAAACAGAGUUUCACGUCAUCACCCUUUUCCCGUUUUUAAAGGAAUUCCAAUUGCAAUCCUAAAACAAAAAGCAGCAUUCCCGUCCUCUUAUAAAAUGGCAAGUCCGUCCACAGAGAAGGCUUGUUUUUCAGAUGUGAGAAAGGUGGGUUAUUUAAGGAAACCCAAAAGCAUGCACAAAAGGUUUUUUGUUCUCCGAGCUGCAAGCGAUACCGGGCCUUCCAGGUUGGAGUACUACGAGAAUGAGAAAAAAUGGAGGCACAAGUCUGGGGCUCCAAAAAGGUCAAUCCCACUCGAGACUUGCUUCAAUAUUAACAAAAGGGCGGAUUCUAAAAACAAACAUCUCGUCGCCCUGUACACCAAGGACGAAUACUUUGCAGUCGCAGCGGACAACGAGCUGGAGCAGGAUGCAUGGUAUCAAGCCCUCGUAGACCUCCACAACCGAGGGAAGGUCCAUGAAAGUGCCAGGAGCAGCGGCAUCGGAGAUGAUAAUUAUGGAGAGACUACACCCGGGCCUGCUUUCAAAGAAGUGUGGCAGGUCAUACUGAAACCAAAGGGACUUGGACAGACCAAAAACCUAAUCGGAGUUUACAGACUGUGCCUCACAAAUAAGACUUUGGGUUUUGUGAAACUCAAUUCUGACGCUGCGGCAGUCGUUUUGCAGCUAAUGAACAUCCGAAGGUGUGGUCACUCUGAAAAUUUCUUUUUCAUCGAAGUUGGGAGAUCUGCGGUGACUGGGCCUGGUGAAUUUUGGAUGCAGGUUGACGACUCGGUUGUGGCUCAGAACAUGCACGAAACUAUCUUGGAGGCAAUGAAAGCCAUGAGUGAAGAGUUUCGACCUCGUAGCAAAAGCCAGUCUUCUUCCAACUGCUCCAACCCCAUUUCCGUGCCAAUGAGGACAAGGCAUCAUCACAACAACCCUCCUCCGAGUCAGGUCGGGUUGGGAAGGCGCUUGAGGACUGAAAGCGUGAUGGCUACGUCUCCGGCCGGCCCAGGCAGGCACAGCCAUUCGUUCAGAGUAAGGGCGUCCAGUGAUGGGGAAGGAACUAUGUCGAGGCCAGCAUCUGUAGAUGGGAGCCCCAGUAGUCCAAGAUCCUCUAGGACACAGUCCCAAAGGCACAGGGGUAGAUCCAGACUGCAUCCACCACUAAACCAUAGCAGGUCCAUCCCCAUGCCGUCGUCACGAUGUUCCCCAUCAGCUAUCAGCCCUGUAAGUCUGUCCUCCAGCAGCACUAGUGGACACGGAUCUACGUCUGAUAGUCUUUUCCCCCGACGCUCCAGUGCCUCUGUCUCAGGGUCGCCCAGUGAUGGGGGCUUCAUCUCUUCAGAUGAAUAUGGUUCUAGUCCAUGCGAUUUCCGAAGCUCCUUCCGCAGCGUGACCCCCGACUCACUUGGACAUACCCCUCCUGCCAAGGAGGAGGAAUUGAAUAACUACAUAUGCAUGACCAAGUCUGGUUCACUAACUAGUACUGGGAGCCAAUCCAGAAGAACGCCGUCUCACAUGGAUGAGCCAGACUUGGAGAAAUGUUUCAGGAAAAGGACUCAUUCUUCUGGCACCCUGUCACCCCCAACCACAUGCCUCCAAACAACGCCUUCACAGUCAUGUGCUGUGUCUCUGGAUGAAUACACAGUAAUGACACCAGCGUAUAAUCGCAGUCGACCUGUAUCGUCAUCAUCGCCAUCAAUCUAUCGGAACUUGUCCACAAAUUCGUAUCCAGAAGAAUGCUUGGAUAUGCCAACCGCAGAAGGUGGCAGUGAGUCCAGUCACAAGGACGAUGGCUACAUGCCAAUGUCACCAGGUGUAGCCCCUGCGGUGGUAACGGGAAACAGUGGAGACUAUAUGCCUAUGAGUCCAAAAAGUGUUUCAGCCCCACAGCAGAUUAUCAACCCACGGCAACACUCAAGAGUGGACUCCAAUGGGUAUAUGAUGAUGUCACCAAGUGGUAGCUGUUCCCCAGAUGUUUCUACAAACUACAGAAAAAUCUGGACCAAUGGCAUGAACCCCGCGCUGUCCAUUGAGAGCACAGAAGGGAAAGUGUCUUCAUGUGGAGACUAUAUAAACAUGUCUCCUGCUAGCGGCUCAACCACCGGCACCCCACCAGACUGCUACUUCAACCCAGUUGACGAGCUGUCCAGGCCAGCGUAUGCCUACUACUCUCUACCCCGUUCCUUCAAGCAUGCCAACAGGAAGCAGGACCAGAGCCCCUUGCGCAUGUCACUUGGCAGCGGCCGCUUGGUUUGUGCUGACUCUUCCUCAUCUUCGGCUAGCAGUGACAGUUUGGGUGGUCAGAGUGGUUCACAACAAUCUUCUGUCAGGCCCAAAAGGUUGGAGGUCAACUCUAGGUUGGCGCGACCAACAAGGCUGUCAUUGGAUGCCAACAGAGCUAGCACUCUUCCACGAAUGCGUGAAAGCCCUUUCCCAGGUGAGCCCAAAAGUCCCGGAGAGUAUGUCAACAUUGAGUUUAAUGACAAAGCAUUUUCAGCAAGCAUAGCAUCACUGUUUUCACCCGUGUUCACUGGCAAUGGAGCUGAUGGCCGACCAGAGCCGACUUCUUCCAACUACAUGAAUAUGCAGCUAGGUUCACAGAGCUUGCUUUCACAAUCAACAAAAUCAACAUCCAAUUCCCCAGACUACGCCAUUGUUAGUGCCUCAGAAAACAUAGCCUCCUCACCUCCUCACCUGCCUUGCGAAAGUAUUCGUGAACGUGACUACAUGAGCAUGCAGCUGGGGUCUUACUCGACAGCCUAUCCCGAUUCCCAGAGGAUGCUUAUAAACACUUCGUUACAAGACCCGGAAGUCUUGCUCUGCUCCGAGUCACACAAUGACGACAUCUCAACCUUAGGUGCAGCCCCAGGGAGGUCUGUGCUUAUUGGUCCUUUGACAGAUCUCAGUGCCUUCUCCCGGGUAAACCCGACUCCUAUGAGAAACCAGGGUGCCAAAGUGAUCCGGGUGGACCCGCAAGGCAGGAGACGGCACAGCUCAGAAACGUUUGCCUCUACAGCAACCAAAGGGGCCGUAAGCACAGCCACGGGCUUUCAGUCAGAAGAUGUCAAACGCCACAGCUCUGCUUCAUUUGAGAAUGUUUGGCUAAAGCCUGUUGAGGCUUCCAAUGCUGCUGCUCCUCCUGCUGCUGCUGGCACAGUAUCCAACAUCGACCCUCAGAUCCAAAAUGGCCUGAACUACAUCGAUCUGGAUCUGGUUCAGAACCGAGAGCCGCUUGUUCAGGAUUGGAGCUUGAGCUUCCAGACCCGGCAGGUGGACCUUGGGGCAGCAGGGGCAGUGGAGGAACCAAGCGCCUAUGCCAGUAUAAACUUCCAGAAAGCAGAUGACACCAAAGGAAACCUCACUUAUAGAGAAGAAUGAACAGCAACUACAUCCUCCAUCCUCUCUCUCUCUCUCUGUCUCUCAUAAGCCGAACCUCAGAAUUCACUGAUACUGAUACUGAUCAGCCGGACCUCAGCUUCUUCUCACCUAUAACCCGGACCUUACACUGCACACUCGGACCUUCCAGAAUGCUGGCCUUCACAGAUCUGCAGUACUCAUGAAACUUGGCGUCCUCAGGGCCUGGGGUCACAUGAUUAAACCUCAGAGGGACAGUACUGAUCAAGAAUCAGCUCGUUGCAGUUUCGUGGCUUAACCUCCUAGGGCUUAGCGGUCACAUGCGUGGACAGCACUUUUUAGAAAUUCGGAACAAGAAUCCACAUAUGUGGACAUACUUUUUCUCUAAAAGUACAUCUUAUCAAAAGAUGAUGCUUAGUUUUUAUUCUAAUCAGGUUCUAAUAAGCCCAAAUAGCAAAGAGAAAUAAAAAAUGCAUGUAAAAAACAGCUUGGGCCUUAGGAGGUUAAGGAAUAAAAUAUGACAGCGUGGCGUGAUUAUUUGAGGCAAUUUAUUUAUUUAUUAGAUGUGUUUCUACCACAGCAGCUUGUCAAAGAUUCCAAACUGGAAUUUAUGAAUGAGCUCGUCAAACAAAAGAUCGUUACCAGUUACAUUAUAGCAGCUAUAAACGUACUUUCCCUCAUCAGCCUCGCUCCAAGUCAUUGGCCCUUAACACUCAGAGUAGCCAGGUUUCUAUUGCAGUGUUAAGCAGAAUAGAAGCGAUUUAUUUAUUUAAAAAACUUGAAAAACAGUUGCGAAUGGUCUGCGAGUCCACUGAGCGAUGUUGCACGAUUUAAGCUCGUCGUUCAGAUCUCCGAGACGUGAUAUUCAGCAUGGGAUUUUGAUUGUAUCCACAACAGUAGCUCUGAUGGUGUUUAAUCAAAGGCGAAAAACGUUCCCAUUUUGAAUCAUCUGAAAAACCACCUCAUGCGAGCAUAGAAAGUUUUUCCAGUAUUUUUUGCGAGUUGUUUCGAAAUUCAUGUACACUGUGUGCACAAUUAUUAGGCAAGUUGUAUUCCUGAUGAUUAAUUUUAUCGUUGAACAAAUACAGUGCUCUCAGUCAAUCCAAAUUGUUAAUAAACCUAAAACCAGAAUGAUUAACAAAGGAAAGGGGAGUUUAGGCCUUCUCAGGGGAAUAUAUAAGUGUGCAGAAUUAUUAGGCAACAUUUAGUGUGCAGAAUUAUUAUGCAACUAAAUGAAAAGCUUAAAGUUUCCCAU